AUGAUCAACGAAGAUGGUAGUUUGGAUACUACAUCUGAAGAAUAUCGUAAGCUAUCAAAAGCUGAACGUCGAAAGAGAAGACGAGCAACACCGAAGUACCGUAACCUGCAUGCAACACGGGAAAGAAUUCGUGUAGAAUCAUUCAACAUGGCGUUUUCAAGACUCCGAGCUCUUCUUCCAACUCUUCCAGUCGAGAAGAAACUAUCGAAAAUCGAAAUCCUGCUGGAACGGUUCUUUGCAACAUUUGAUUUGGGCAAAUAUGAGAAACGCGGGGUGAUAUUGGGAAUCGUGCUGUUAUCAAUAUCGUUUUUGUUGGCUUUUGUUACAGUAUAUAUUGUAUUUUUGCCCGAAGAUCCUAACGAAUUGAUAACAACGUGCAUCUCAAUCUCAAAUACCUCAGUUGGCCCAUCAUUUUACGUCAUGUUCCGUAUUCAGUUUUUCUUGUGCAUCUCACUUCUUGUUGCCCAGUAUUUGUUGAAAAGGCUAAACAAAAAAAGAAAGGCUUAUAUUGGAAAAAACAACAUGAGCAGACGCUAUCAAUUGAAGGAAAACAUCAAAAUUCUAAAUCAGACGAGACCGCUCAUUUUGACGUGCGCUCUGGUUAUGGCUAUUUACAUCGUGAUUGUUUCCUUUGUACGAUUCUUCAAGGACUGUUUCCCACUGCAUUGGUACGAAAUCGUCUCGGCGUAUUUGUUUGUAAUCUCUUACCUCCCAUUCUUGCUGACCUUAAUUAUGCUUAUCAAAAUGAGCAAAGAGGAGCGCCGCAAGAAACGACAUCUAGCGAAAAGUAUCAGAUCACAGGAAAUGUAUAGCAUGAACUUCCACGAAGUCAAAGCACAGGAAUGGGACAAUUAUUAUACUAAUAGUGUUGCUGCUAGAAAAUCUGCUUUAGCAAAAUGGAAGUUUAUGGGUCAUGUUUUAUCGACUUCUCGUUAA